GUUUACAUGUGAAGGGACAUGCGUAUUUUUAAUUUUCGGAUGGAGUGUGCAGAUCAUAUUUCAUAAACUAAUUAUGAAAUUAAUUUUCAAAUUAUUUUAAGAGUUUUUGAAAUUUCGCCAGUUCUGUACUUAAGAUUCUUAUUUAAGUGUUCAGUGAAAUAUGUUUCUAUAACUUAAAAUAUUCUUUUUCCGGUCCAAGAUUUAGUGAAUAUUUUAAGAUGUACGUUUAAAGAUUAUAUUCUUUUGAUUUUAAAAGUGAAAUAUAUGAUUAUGUUUCUUCGACCGAAAGAAUCUUUGCGUCUUUCUAUAUAUUCUAUGAGGAGAUGCAUAGGAUUUUCGAACAGUAAAAACUUUCAUUCAACACAGUGCGCAUAUCUUCGAAAAGUUUCAUCCAACCGGAGAAAAACAGCCGAUGUAUGCGAAUUUGAAAAUAGCUCAUCUGUAGCUGGGGAAUUUUCUGUCAGCGAACAACCUAAAAAAAUAAAUAAUAAUUUUUUUGGAAUUGAAAGCGACGAAGGUGUAAUUGAAAUUAAUGAUAAACCUUCAUUAAAUAAUAAUGUAUCUAGACAAUUAUUCAAAAAUGUAGAACAAGAAAAAUUCAUUUCCACAACAUUUGGUACUGUUCGUUAUGAUUCCGAGAAUAAGCCUAAAUACCAUGGUCAAUUAGAAAAAGAAAAAAUAUUGAUCAGUUCUGCUGUAGAAAAAGAUAAAAUUCAUGACCUCAAUCAAACCCUACUUAGUAAAAAUUCUGUACAAAACUGUAGUUUUUUAUCAAAUACACAGGAAAGUUCCAAAAGAACUACUGAUGUUCUGGAUAGAAAUUUGAAAUCUGAAUUGCCUAGCAGUAGCCAUGUAGAUGAAUUAUAUUUUCCUGAAUCGUAUACUGUUAAUGAGAAUAAUACUACUGUUGGAUUAGAAAAUUCAUCUUCUUGUUCUAAAGAAGAAAAAUCUAAUUUUAUUGAAGAAUCAUAUUUUACUCAUAAAAUGAACUCUGAUACUAUUUUUCAAAAUACUGAUAUUACUUCUGAAGCUAUUAAGUCAACAGAAUGUAAUGUAAAACAAGCCACAUCAGAAGUUGAGAGUUCACCAUUUUUGUCUUUUGAUAAUAAAUCUAAUUUUAUUGAAGAAUGUUAUUUUAAUGAUAAGAUCACUGAUGAAACUGUUAUUAAAAAUAGUGAUAUGAGAGAAAAUAUGAACACUGAUGAAAAUCACUCCAUUCUUAUUCAUAAUAAGUGUAUUUCAGAUGAUAAACAAUCAAGUUAUAUUGAUGAUUCUUAUUUCAAUAGUAUUUGUGAUGGUAACUUUAAAAAUGUUCACAAGAAGUUUCAGUCUGUAACAAAAGUUGUUGAUACAGUAGAAGAAAAAUCUAAUAAAGAAAAUUCAAUGGCAUCGGAUGCUCAAAAUAAGGUACUUAAGAAAAAUUUAUUAAUUAAUGAAUCUGAAGUUGGUAUGACAGAUUCCCAGGUUACUUCCAAAGAGGUAAAAUUUAGCACUAAAGGUAUAUUUAAUUCCCAGGAAACUGAAACAAAUAUGAAAACUUUAUAUAAUCUAGAUAAAAAUAUUGAAAAUCUUUAUACUAAUGAAAAUAGUGUAAAAUUAUCUUCUGAAUUUAUUAAUCCAAAUUUAGAAGAAUUAGAGGAUUACAAUAAAUUUAUAUCAAGGACAACACAUUUAUCUAAAAUGAAAAAUAAUUUUUCUUUUCAAAGUAAAGAAUUUCUUAAAAAAAGCAGAUUAAUAAAUUCAAAAAGUUAUUCUAGUGAAAAGAAGUUGAGAUCAUUUCAAAGAAAAUUAGAUGAAACUGACUCAAUUGAAGAAACUCAUCAUAAGGAAGAGCAGCUCGAAAGUUCACAAGAAAUGCAUGAUAUAAAAGUUAAGAAAGAAGCAUGUUUUGAAAAUUUAAAUGCAAAUGACCAGCCUGAAUCAGCUUAUCAUUUUGUGAAAAAAUUAAGAAGUGCAAAAAAGAAGUUAGUUCCUGAAUUAAUUAAUGGAAAGUUUAUACAGAAAACUGAGCAGUAUGACAGCAAAGGAUUUAGAAUUUUGAAAAAUCAGGUUCCAGACUUGAAAUACUAUACCAGAGAUGAGAUUUUGGAGCUUUUAAUUAAAAAUGUUCUUUAUUCUGAUGAUGAUCUUGUUGUUUUGAAUAAGCCAUACAACUUAGUGAUGCAUGAAUCAAAAACUGUUAAAGAUCCUUGCUUAUCUCAGUAUUUAGAUGAUUUAGCUGCAGAGUUGGAUAAAAAAACAUAUAAACCUAAACUAAUAACUGUCCAUAGAUUAGACAAAGAAACAUCUGGUUGUCUUUUGCUUGCAAGGAAUGAAAUUUCUGCUCAAAGAUUACUAUCAUUCUUUUCUCAAAGGAAAAUAAUUAAAACAUAUUGGAUUGUAACUAUUAAAGUGCCUAAUCCCUUAGAAGGUGUUAUUGAUAUGCCAAUUUCUGAAGGUUCUAUUAAUGGUAGAGCUAGAAUGGUAUUGCACCCUGAUUUGCCAAAAGAUGUUUCCUAUCAAAAUCACUCUAAGUCUGGUAAAAGAGCUGUGACUCAUUAUAAAGUUAUUUCUGAAUCUGGCAAUGCUGCUCUUGUGGAGGCAAAACCAGAAACAGGAAUCAAGCAUCAAAUCAGAGUGCACUUUGGGUUUGGGCUCUCUUGUCCUAUUCUAGGAGACCAUAAGUAUUCUCAUUUAGAUAAAUUAGCACCACAGAAGCUUCAGUCUGACCUUCUACAGAAAUUACAUGUUAGACAGAGUAAAGUACGCCAUAUUCCAAUGCAUAUAUAUGCUAGAAGCAUACUUAUACCUCAGUACAGAGAUGGAAGGAAUCUUUUUGUAAUGGCUCCAAUGCCAAUACAUAUGAGCAAGAAUUUACAAAGGUUGAAAUUUAAGAAAAAAUAAUGUUUUGAAAAAUCUAGGAUUAUUAAUGUACAAAUUAAUAAACAUGUAUUUAUUUUA